GGUUUCAACUCCGACCUGACACGACAUACCAAUAUGAAACUGAUCCUGAUCUCCGCUCUCUUCGGCGUUGCUGCCGCUGGAUACGCCGCCAGCUAUCCUGAACAAUCCAACAGGCCCCAAGCUUCUUUCGAGAAGACCGCCAGAAUUCUGGCCUUGGACUCAGACGUGAAAGAGGAUUCCUUCAGAUACAACUACGAAACUGAGAACGGUAUCAAAGCUGAAGAACAAGGUCAUGAGGCUGACGGCAUCGAGGCUCAAGGUGGCUUCCAGUACACCGGUGAUGAUGGCCAGGUCUACUCCAUCAGUUAUGCAGCUGGGCAGGGUGGAUUCCAACCUCAGGGUGCACACAUCCCUACUGCCCCUCCUACUCCUGAGGCCAUCUUGAAGGCGCUGGAGCAGAACGCCCGUGAUGAGGCUGCCGGUAUUAUUGACGAUGGACAAUACAACCCCGGUAAAUAUGGAGACGCUGGAGUCGUUCAACAACAAUACGCGAGACCACAAGCUUCAGCUGGUUUCAGACAACCCUACAAAUACUAACCGCCUUGUAAAUAUACCAACAUUUAGUCUUAAAUCUACUUGUAUUGCUCACA